AUGGAUGAAAACGAUCUUAAGAAUAUAGAGAACAUUAAUCGUGUAAAUAAUAUUAUUGAUAAAGAAUUGGGAGUUUUCACGUUCAAUCCCGAGAGUAGUAGCAAGAUUAAGAACCAGAUAUUGGGAGAUUUGAAUGAAUUGAACAAGUUCCAAGAGUUGAUUGAUAAAAGAGAUGAGAGUAUAAGAAACUUGAAUGUGUAUAUUCAUAGAAUAGCAGAAAGGGUUCAAAAUCAGAAUGUUUCCAGCGAACAAGAGAUAUUGACCAGUUUGUUGAGUCAUUUGACUAGUCAUUUCAGUAAUAAUAAUAAUAAUAAUAAUAAUGGUAAUGGUAAUGACGCUAAUGGCGUUAAUGGUGUUAAUAGAAAAAUAAUGGUAGAGAAAAAAGUGGAUGAGAUUGAUAAUUACGAGGAAUCAAUUAGAUACAUCAAUGAGAAAUUGAUUAAUAAUAGGGAAUUUAUUAAAUUUAUUCGAAAGUUGUAUGAAAAACAAGAGUUUUUGGAGAAGAAGUAUUAUAAUGAAAUGAACAAGUUGAUUAGCAAGAAAAUAGUCAAGUUUAAGGAUUUGAAUUAUCUCAAUGAAGAGAUCAAGUUGCGGUUUAUUGAGGAUAUUAAUAGUAAUAUUUAUAAUAAGCUAGUUCGGGAGACGUAUGAAAUUGAACGUGAAGAGGAUACCGUUGUUUUGUUUAAAGAGACAAUUGUUUUAUAA